CAUUAAUCGCCGUAAAAAAAGGGACAAUAAAACAGUAAAACACCAUGCCCUAACCCCCAAAUUCAACUUGUCUGAGUAUGGUGUUUGACUGUUAAACAAGCAAUGACCAGCGCUUGUCACGACAGUCGAUGCGUGUCACGAUAAGCAAACAUAUGGAGGAGCCGAUCACCGACGGCGAUGAUUACGCCCACCACCGUCAGCUUGUUCUCGUGGACGUCGUAAACCCUAUUUCUCAUUCCAUUUCCAGUUCAUCUUCUAUCACUCCAUUAUCCCCAAACUCCCCUAACGACGGUUCGGCCCUCCAAACGGUCCCCAGCUCCGAUGACAUUCGCUCCAAUCCGGCAACUCCAAAUAUGAUAGGCACCUCCAAGUUUACUCUGCCAAAAGACUGGUCUGUUCAAAAGGUACAUCGUAAGUAUGGAGGCACAACUGACAAGUAUUACCGUGAUCCAGAAAGUGGACGACAAUUCCGAUCCCUUAAAGAGGUGGAGAGAUACAUAACUGAAGGAGUCACACCUACAAAAUCCAGACUCAAGAAGCCCAACAAUCAUCGUGAAAAGAAUUCGGGUAGUCAAGAUAUGAUGAUUGUCGCCGAGUGUCAAGAUAUGAUUGUGGCCAAUGAAAAGAUGUCAGAUGUGGAAGAGGAUAAAGAUAAGGAAUAUGAGUUGGGUAUUGUGUCUCCUACGACUACAAGUGUUUCACACUUCCAACUUCCUUAUGGUUGGGUUGUGAAGGAGGUACCCCGUAGUUCUGGAGACUAUGCUGACAAGUAUUACUUUGAGCCUGGAACUGGACAGAGAUUCCGAUCUUUGGUAGCAGUUCAAAAACACUUAACAGAAGUUGAAGAAAACUCACCGUUAUCAGUCGCUCUUGAAGAAAUCAGAGAAAACAGUUUGCCCAUUUCCAAGGCUUUCAAAUUAAGCACUACCAUAAAGAACCAUGGUUCAUACAGUUCAUGGAAGAAGAGCAUGAUAUCUAGAAAAGAGAAGACCUCACCUCCGAACAAAAUCAAUUGGGUGAUUGAUCAAGGUAGUGGAGGAGAUGACACGUGGAAUGCUUUUAUGGAUGAUACAUUGGUUCAAGACUCUGUUAAGAAACAAUGGAGUGACUCAUUUAUGGUGGCCAUUACAAAUGGAAAACAUCAUAAUAAUUAAUACUCCAUUUUCUGGGUAACAACUAACAUGGAUGCAGGUGAGAGGGUUUAAGUUGAUGGUGUGUUCAAGGUGAUGUUGUAGUAGUUGUACAGUGGUGUGGUGUUGUCAUCUUUUAUUUAUUUUUUUCUCUAUUUAUUUCUAUUUUAUUUUAUUCUGUGAAGUCAGAGAUAUGAUGGUAUUUAUAUUUAUGGUGUUUGACUUUUAGAGUCAAAUGUGGAUGGUUAGUUUUUGUUGGUUUAUCAAGGGUCUGCUUAAAAGUUAAA